AUGGCUCUCAAACCCGGCGAUCCUGGAUACAUGGACGAAGAUGCCAGCCCUAUGCUCUACGCCAUUACAUUUUCCUGUCUCGGAUUUGCGCUCCUAAUAGUCAUCCUCCGACUCUUUAGCCGCUUGUAUCUUUUGAAGACUACGCGCUUGAACUUGGCGGAAUGGCUUGUCGUUGUAUCAUCCUUCGUGGCUAUUGCGUCAUGCGUGUUGAUCCAUUUUCAAAUCGAGACGGGUAUGGGUAAGCAUAUCGAGUACUCGCGCGCACGACCAAAGAUGUUGCAAGCGAGCAUGAAGGUUGGAUUAGCACAAAACUCUGUGUAUCAGGCACUUGUUGGCUUGAUUAAAGCCAGCAUGCUUGCUCAACUACACCUACUUGCCGCGCCUGGAAUGCAAAAAAAGAUCGUGUUUUGGACUGGCUGUUUAGUUUCUAUCUUUACAAUCUUCACUACCUUUGGUUGCUGGAAUAUGAUGGCCAUGAACUUCUUUACAUCAACAGUCAACACACUCCUUGACUUUGUUAUCUUCUUUCUACCUCUACCAACCCUCCUCAACCUCAAGAUGGAGCGGAAGAAAAAAGUUUCUUUACUCUUUACCUACUGCGCAGGAUCUCUUGCCAUCGCAUGUUCCAUCAUUCGAUUGCGUAAUAUGAUAUACUUUCGAGGAGUCGGAGAUUUCACCUACCAAGCUUGUAUGGUGCCAGUGUGGGGUGCUAUCGAGUGCAAUGCUGGAAUAGUUUGUGGAUCCUUUCCAUAUAUUAUGCCACUAAUCAAGCGUAUGAGCGGCAGCAUCAUUGAGAGCAUGAGUAUGUCGCGUGCCAAUCCAACCUCAGAUCAACAGCCACAGGGGCAGAACUCAAAUCAAUUGAGCUGGCCACUGCAAUCAAAACGCCAAUCCCGAUGGCACCAGAUGGACUCAGAAUCUAUCGAGGCAAUCACGGAAAAUAAUGGAUGGAAGGAAUUGGAUGAUAUCAAGAAGAGUCCGCAUAUCGUUGAGCAUUCUGUACCUAUUGAGCAUAGUCCACGUGUGCCAACCCUACCGCAUGAUACUGUGUAA